AUGGUCGCUGUUCGCUGCCGCUUCCUGUUCCUCCUCCUCUUCUUCUUCCUCUCCCCUCGCCUCUUGGUUUCCUUGUCCGAGCAGGAAGCCUUGCUCCAGCUCAAGAAAUCCCUCACCAACACUACUGCCUUGGACGACAGCUGGGUCCCCACCCCCGAUUCCACGUCCCCAUGCCAAUCCCAAACUUCUUGGAACGGCGUCUACUGCGGCAGCGGCACCACCGUCGUUAAUCUUAAACUCUCGAACAUGGGACUUUCCGGAACAAUCGACUUUGAAGCCUUGACCCAACUCAAGGGCCUCCGAGGUCUUUACCUUGACAACAAUCACUUCGCCGGGGACAUCCCAGACUUCCACAAACUCGUGUCUUUGCGGUCGCUUUCACUCAAUAACACCGAUUUCUCAGGCGAAAUCCCCGCCGAUUUCUUCUCCAAAAUGAACUCGUUAAGGCGGGUCACCCUCUCCAACAACAACUUCUCCGGCAAAAUCCCUGAAUCCAUCACCAAGCUAAAAAACCUCAAGGAGCUUAAUCUCGACAACAACUACUUCUCCGGCGAAAUCCCGGACUCGCUAGCCGAGUUGAACGGUCUGGCAACGCUUCAUCUCGAGAACAACCAACUCUCCGGCGAAAUCCCUCACUUUAAGGAGACUCUAGAAGACCUGAACUUGGCUAACAACACCCUCACGGGUGAAAUCCCUGAUGAAAUGUCCACCAGAUACACACCUGACAAGUUUCAAGGAAAUGAAGGACUUUGCGGCGAUCCAUUAGAGAACCAAUGUCCUGAUGUUCCUCCGUCACCGUCUCCGUCUCCGGAGAAGUCAAGACCUGAAGAAGAAGAAACAGCCGACAAGGACAAGAAGACCAAGAUGGCGGAAAUAGCCAUCGGCGUGAUCGCUGGCGUGUCGGUCUUGAUGUUUGUAGUGUUGGUAAUCAGAUACAGGAGGAAGGACAAACAGUUCAGCGUUCUAGGGAAAGAGAACAUAAACAAGGACGAUCAUGUACCUCGUCAGCACCAUGCAGAGGUGGUCGAAGUUCAUGUGCCGAGCUCUACUAGCAGGAGUAUUGGUAGCACUGCUGCUACUAGUACUGCGCAGGCCGCGAUGUCGCGGUCUGCCAGUACCAAGAAAGCUGCUGGGGAUUCCAAGAAGGGUCCGCAGGGGGUGAAGAAUAGCGGGAAUAGUGAGCUGUUGAUGGUGAGUGACCUGAGAGGGCCGUUCGGGUUGCCGGAUUUGAUGAAAGCUGCGGCGGAGGUUUUGGGGAAUGGAGGAUUGGGGUCAGCUUACAAGGCGGUGAUGGGGAAUGGGUUGUCUGUGGUGGUGAAGAGGAUGAGGGAGAUGAAUAGAUUGGGGAGAGAAGGGUUUGAUGCUGAGAUGAGAAGGUUUGGGAGAUUAAGGCACAGGAAUAUCUUGACUCCCUUGGCUUACCAUUAUAGGAGAGAAGAGAAGCUCUUGAUCUCAGACUACGUUCCUGGAGGCAGCUUGUUGUAUGUUUUGCACGGUGAUCGAGGAACUUCUCAUUCAGAGCUGACAUGGUCUACCCGAUUGAAGAUUAUCCAAGGAGUUGCGAAAGGGAUGGAGUUUCUGCAUACUGAAUUUGCAGCCUAUGAUUUGCCCCAUGGAAAUCUCAAGUCCAGCAAUAUUCUUCUACAAGAAGAUUAUGAGCCAGUUCUGAAUGACUAUGCGUUACAUCCACUAGUCAAUCCCAGCAAUGCUGCACAAUCACUGUUUGCUUUCAAGACACCAGAGUACCUAGAAUCACAAGAAAUAUCUCCAAAAGCUGAUGUGUAUUGUCUCGGAAUUGUCGUUCUUGAAAUCCUUACUGGAAAGUUCCCGUCUCAGUAUCUAAGCAACGGCAAAGGCGGGAUUGAUGUUGUUCAAUGGGUGCAGUCAGCGACGGCCGAGCAGAGAGAGCAAGAGCUGCUAGACCCAGAAAUUGAAAGCAACACAGAAUCAGUGAAGCAGAUGCUACAACUUCUCAAGAUCGGAGCUGAUUGCACCGAGAGUAAACCUGAUCAAAGACCUGAUAUAAAGGACGCCAUUAAAAGGAUACUCGAGGUACGAAUCUGA